AUGUUCCAGGUCACAGCAAGAGGAAAUCUCGGCUCACCAACACCUGGUAAAAUGUUUGCUCAAGUUCCCUCACGCAAGGAACUUUUACCCUCAAUGAAUCUCUCUGAUGAUCAAACUUUAUCCGGAAAACUGAGAGAGAAAAAAGAGAAGCUGGAAAAAGAUGUCAGUGGUAAUGUGCUCUCCUCCAAGGAUACCGGGACCUUAGCCCUAGGAUAUGGGCGCCCGGCAGCGUGGGUUAGAGCUGCUUCCCCGCCCACGAGGAUGAGCACCUCCAUGGCAGCCAGGGUCAAGGCUGCCCCCCGGCCCAGGGUUAGGGGCCCCUUCACAGUAACAGCUACGAUGCCAGGGCAAACAGUGCCGGCUGAAACCGAACAAGCCCAUAACAUUAUAAUCAGUCUGUCCGACUCUAGAAAACCCAGGAACACGACACGGGACACUAACCGAAUUAUCGUGCACACUAUGAUCAGUGUGUCGUCACAGCGCUCCCUACCUCCACCCAAAACCCCUCCUCCAUCCACGCCCAUACCCACGAUCGGCAGUCCUCCCCUCCUAAAAUCCUCCCUUCUCUCCCUGUCCUCGGCCAGCCAGCUGCCUCGCGCCCUUGCUGACUCGCCUCGACCUACUAUUCUGCUGAGCCAUCCGCGUGUUCCUCGCCCGGCGCUCCUAGUCAGCAGACCCCGGCCCAUACAGACUCCCCCGCCUCCCCCAAGUCCACUAAGCGCCCUCCCGCCGGCAUACCCAAAACCAACACGUCAAAGAAGACAAAGGUUGAAGCGUCUACACAAGUAA